AUGUCUUUCCAUCUUAUUUUUUCUUUCAGACGUCUUUGGUUCUUUCUGUUUUUCAUUCGUUCUUGCUUUCUCUCAAUCAGUCAGCCAGACGUAUUUCUUUCUUUCAUUCAUUCAUUCAUUCAUUUAAUCAGUCAGAUAUCUUUCUUUCUUUUUUCUUUCUUUCUUUCUUUCUUUCUUUCUUUCUUUCUUUCUUUUAGUCUGUCAGACGUUUUUCUUUCAUUCAUUCAUCAUUGCUUCCUUCCUUGUUUUCUUUCAUUUUUCUUUCUUUCUUUCAGUCAGUCAGUCAGUAAUCUGAUGUUUUCUUUCUUUCUUUCUUUCUUUCUUUCUUUCUUUCUUUCUUUUAGUCUGUCAGACGUUUUUCUUUCAUUCAUUCAUCAUUGCUUCCUUCCUUCCUUCCUUGUUUUCUUUCAUUUUUCUUCCUUUAAUCUGUCAGACGUUUUUCUUUCAUUCAUUCAUUAUUGCUUCCUUCCUUUCUUGUUUUCAUUCAUUUUUCUUACAUUCGGUCAGUCAGUCAGUAAUCUGAUGUUUUCUUUCUUUCUUUCUUUCUUUCUUUCUUUCUUUCUUUCUUUCUUUCUUUCUUUUAGUCUGUCAGACGUUUUUCUUUCAUUCAUUCAUCAUUGCUUCCUUCCUUCCUUCCUUGUUUUCUUUCAUUUUUCUUUCUUUAAGUCAGUCAGUCAGUAA